GGAGGGAACCAGCUUCCCAGGCCGAGAGGGGAGGGGGCUCGGCCUCGGGCGGGUGAGGGGCGUGACAUGUCUCUCGAAGAUCCGUUUUUUGUAGUCCGAGGCGAGGUGCAGAAGGCGGUGAACACGGCCCGAGGGCUGUACCAGCGGUGGUGCGAGCUUCUGCAUGAGGGCGCGGCGGUCGGACGCGAGGAGCUGGACUGGACGACCAAUGAGCUGCGGAAUGGCCUGCGCAGCAUCGAGUGGGACCUCGAGGACCUGGAGGAGACCAUCGGCAUAGUGGAAGCCAACCCAGGCAAGUUCAAGCUCCCAGCCGGAGACCUGCAGGAGAGAAAGGUGUUUGUGGAGAGGAUGCGGGAAGCGGUCCAGGAAAUGAAGGACCAUAUGGUCAGCCCCGCAGCCAUAGCCUUCAUGGAGAGGAAUAAUAGAGAGAUGCUGACAGGCAAGCCAGCCACCCUGAAGUCAUCCAGUGACUUGCUGGACGCCAGUGUGGUCUCAACCACCUCUCGCUACAUUGAAGAGCAGCAGGCCACACAGCAGCUGAUCAUGGACCAGCAGGAUCAACAGCUGGAAAUGGUGUCUGGGAGUAUCCAGGUUCUGAAACACAUGUCCGGCCGCGUCGGGGAGGAGCUAGAUGAGCAGGGCAUUAUGCUGGACACCUUUGUUCAUGAGAUGGACCACACCCAGUCCCGGAUGGAUGGGGUCCUCAGGAAGAUGGCCAAAGUAUCCCACAUGACCAGUGGUGAGUCCCCUGGAGGGGGGUGGCAAUUCGGCAGUGGGGGGAGUGGGUUGUGGGUGGUGCUGCCUCCCCUCUGUGAACUCUGACCCUCUUGCCCCCAGACCGCCGACAGUGGUGUGCCAUUGUGGUGCUGCUGGGGGUGCUUCUCCUGGUCCUCAUCCUGUUCUUCUCUCUGUGAUCCUGGUCCUCCCCAGGAAGCUGGUCCCUCCAGCUGGGGGGGGCCAGCAGAGCCCUGCCCCCUGGGAGGAGGGGGAUCAUGCCUGGGGAGCUGUCCCAAGGCUUCAUCCAGAGCCAGUAGGACCCUCAGGGCCCUGGGUGGGAGCCCCCACCACUGGUUCUGUCUCAAGUGCGCUUAGUGGGUGGUGGAAGUAGGGGGACCUCAGACACGCCCCUCCCCAUCUCUCCUUCCCGUGCCCCAAAGCCAUCGCUUUGCCCGUGUGCCUUCUACAUGUGUCUACUUGGAAAUAAAA